AACACGAACACAGCACUUUCUAGCGCGAGCGGAGCAGAGCUGAGUUAAAAUUCAAAUCCAUAGAAACAAGGAGCGAGUCGCGAGAUUCAACAUUAUCUCUGUUCCGAACAAAAAAGGAAGGGCCGCAACUUCUUCCUUAUCAGUCUAAAUCAAGUGCAAGGAAUGCUAGCCAGUAUUCGUUUACCCUUGAACACGAUCAAAGGCUGUUUCCGUGCCAUCAAUCCUCGUUUAUUGCACUCAACCUCUAUCCUCGAAAUGCCCAUCAGCGUUGGAGACAAAGUUCCCAGUGUGGAUCUAUAUGAAGCCUCUCCUGCAAAUAAAGUGAACAUUGCAGAACUGUGCGCGAAGAAGAAAGUCAUUAUCUUUGCGGUUCCAGGAGCCUUCACACCCGGCUGCUCCAAGACUCAUCUGCCCAGCUAUGUUUCCAACGCAGACAAUUUGAAGGGAAAGGGUGUUGAUGAAAUCGUUUGUGUUGCUGUAAAUGAUCCAUUUGUCAUGGAGGCCUGGGGAGUGGCUCAGAAUGCCAAGGGAAAGAUCCGUAUGCUUGCCGACACAAAAGCCGAAUUCACCAAGGCUGUUGAGCUGGAUAUGGACAUCGCACCCCUUGGUGGAGUCAGGUCAAAGCGCUACAGCAUGGUGGUUGAAAACGGCACAGUCCAGUCGAUCAAUGUUGAGCCUGAUGGCACUGGUCUAUCAUGUUCCUUGGCCGACAGAAUUGGCGUUUGAAGAAUUUGUUGCUAGCAUUCAUCGAGCGAUUUUGCAGCUAUUUGAGACACCUCAGGGCAAAAACAAAUCUCAUCAAAUUUAUUAGGUUUUUUCUAGAAGGGUUGUAAUCAAAAGAUUAAAAAAACGGCUGUUGUAAAAAGGGAAAUUUAUUUAGGUUGUUAAUAUAGAUUAAAUCAGAAAUAAUUGAGUUAACACGCAAAUAACAAACUUCACAAAUAA